AAUGAUGGCUUAUAUUAUUAUGAACAGGAUUUAUGGAUGGAAGAGGAUGAAAACAAACACACAACUAUAAAGAUUUGACUGAAGAAUUAGCUCAGAAGCUGUUUGAUGUUUCAGAAAUAUCUUCAGUAACAAUGGCCCGUUCAUUGCCCACAGCAGUUCCAAAAUCACCUAGCAUUCAUCCUGCAAGGACUCCCAAAACACCUCGAACACCGAGAUUACAAGAUCCUAACAAAACACCAAGAUUUUAUCCUGUUGUUAAAGAACCAAAAGCCAUUGAUGUAAAGAGUCCAAGAAAAAGGAAAACACGGCACAGUACAAAUCCCCCACUAGAGUGUCAUGUUGGUUGGGUAAUGGAUUCUAGAGAUCACGGGCCAAGAACAUCCUCUGUCAGCAGUUCAAAUACUUCACCUUCAGAAGGUACACCACUAGUAGAAAAUUAUGGAUGUACUCCUAAGUCAUUCCCAAAGUUUCAGCAUCCUUCUCAUGAACUUUUGAAGGAAAACGGCUUUACCCAGCAUGUGUACCACAAGUAUCAUCGACGAUGCCUAAGUGAGAGAAAAUGCUUGGGAAUUGGCCAGUCCCAAGAAAUGAAUACCCUCUUUCGUUUCUGGUCCUUUUUCCUCAGAGAUCACUUCAAUAAAAAAAUGUAUGAGGAGUUUAGACAACUUGCUUGGGAAGAUGCAAAAGAAAAUUACAGGUAUGGGUUAGAAUGUCUGUUCAGAUUUUAUAGUUAUGGAUUGGAAAAAAAAUUCAGACGAGAAAUUUUUAAGGAUUUUCAAGAAGAAACAAAAAAAGACUAUGAAUCUGGUCAGCUGUAUGGACUAGAAAAGUUUUGGGCUUAUCUAAAAUAUUCUCGAUCUAAGACACAGUCUAUUGACCCAAAACUUCAGGAAUACCUCUGUAGUUUUAAGAGGUUAGAAGACUUCCGUGUUGAUCCCCCUAUUAGUGAAGAAUUUGGAAGAAAAAGACUUUCAUCUACUAAUGGUGAGGAGAGUAGUCGUCACAGACUUCCAUCUAAUUCCUCUACAAAGCCACCAAAUGCUGCUAAGUCUGCAUCUGCUAGUCACCUUCAGGCUGCAAGAAACUCUCCCAGAAGAAAUACUUCACAGGAGUUCAGUGACAAUUUACACCAGAACAGCUCUGCCUCGGUUUCAACAAAUGGUGAAAUGCCUGAGAAAUAG